GAAAAAAAGACUAGGAUAUGAGUAAGAUUCACUAGAAGCACUUCGGCCACGAUUGCACUGAAGAAAUAAGAAAUCAUAGAUGAUAAAUAUAAAAUACACAAAAUGAAUAUUUUGUUUCUCGACUUUCACCUCAAAGAAUCGGAUCAAAGAGUCGACUCAUUGGCGAAAUGACACAUCAUGAAUUGCAAACGUGCCUCGUUUUAAGUAAAAAAAACGUUUGCUUAUUUUUCGUAUUAUCGUUCAUUUUACUACAUGAUUUAUACUGUAGAUUUAAAGAAUAAUAAUAUGCUCCGGUAGCUUUCCUUCUAACAAAUCUGAUGGGCGAGUCUUAAUCUAACGUACACUUAAACACUAGAUACUUUGCCUAGUUUCACUCUGAACACAAGACACCUAAAUACAUUACUCAGGAUUAUAACUUGUGCUUGACAACCACGGUUAGUAAAAAUGUUACUUCACAUGAAAAGUCACUGCAUUGAAUUAGUUUAGUUUAAAAACUGCUGUUUCCUGCAGCAUUUUCCCCUUGAUGGAGUAGUCGAGGGUUUUAUAUUUGAAUUGAAACUCACCCCUUCGUCCGCAGGAAGUACAGCAGGGUGAAUCUGACAUGUGUCACUGAAAGUCACCGGCACGGUGUUUAUCCUUUAGCUUCAGCUGGUGGACAUUUCUGUAGAGGAAAUAUUAUUUUGUGUCUAAACGAAUAAAAACUGUAAAGUUCCUUAUAUAUAAAACAUAUGCCACUAUGCAUACAAGCAGCUCAUGACUCAUGACUCCCAUGUAUCCAGUCAUUGUGUGAAUAAACACAAGGCAUCUUUAGUGUAUUAACAGUAUUGGGAUAUAUCUUCAACAUGAUACGAAGCUGUUUCCAAGCCGCGAGGACGUUUAUUUCACUUUUCCCUGUUACACUGUGUCAUGAUGCUGUCUCUCAUGGGGCUCUGAUUAAAAGCACGAGGCUCCGGUGCUCGGGACACCGGAGUGCGCGAGGCCUGUCGAUGUCGCUAUGGCCCUUUAGUGCGAAUCCGCGGGACUUCAGCCUCCCCAACGCAUCCUGGAGUGCAGAGAUGCAGCAGGUUUAUGAUCAUUAUAAUGCACUGUGUGAGGUUAAGACAGAAGACAGUGAGGAGAAGGGGCCUUGGUGCAAGCUUCCAAGUUACAACCGCUCUCUCAAACACGCUGCCGGUGGAGUGUACCUGAGUAAAAUCAUCCAGUCUAAAUCUAGACUCUUCACAAGGAGCAAUAAAGAGUAUGGUGCAGCGUUCGAGUACGUGAUUUUUAUGAACAAGCAGGAGAAGAAAUGUGUGUGUGCGUUUCAGUCUGGGCAUCUACUGGAGGGACCUCCUGGACAUGUACACGGUGGAGCAAUUGCCACGAUGAUGGAUACAGUGACAGGUACUCUCGCUGGUUACCUGGUUGGGCCUGUUAUGACUGCCAACCUCAAUAUCAACUAUCGCAGUCCAGUACCACUGGGUAGUGUAGUUUUGCUUCACAGUUCUCUGGAUCGGAUUGAGGGCAAAAAAGUCUUUGUAAACUGCAGAGUGACCAGUAUCGAUGAAUCCAAAUUACACACCGAGGCUACAGCGCUAUUCAUAUCAGUGAAUGUGGGCCAUGUGUUUGGAAUAUAAUCCUUCAAGCAGUGUACAAGCCAGUGUGUGUGAGUGAAUGUGUUUGAGAGUGAGUGAGUGCGUUUGUGUGAGUGCGUUUGUGUGAGUGCGUUUGUGUGAGUGCAUGUGUGUGAGUGCGUGUGUGUGAGCGCGCGUGUGAGAGCGUGUGUGAGUGUGUGAGCGAGCGUAAACAAAUGUUUAUUUUUUGUAUUAGAUUCACCAGACUUCCUUUGACAUGACAUCUACUAUAUCUACUGUAUUAUCUGCUCUACCUCUCUUAGCAUUUAAUUUAUUGACAAGAAUAUUAUUUACAUUUAAGGCAUUAUCUUUGCUAACCCUAGGCCUUUGAAGUUGUUUUAGUAGACGCCAUAUAUAGGUAACAAUAAUUGAAUUGAUGUAUUAUUAUAAAAUGUUCACUAAUAACCAUUUGUUAAAAUAGCUUGCAAUUCAUAUUGUAUUAGUGGGUACAUGCAAUUAUUUAAAUAUAGUUAAUAAAAUAUACUAUAUUUAAAACAAA